UUUCUUUUUUUCUUUCUGCACGAAAACACCCAGGUUUGCACGCUUCAGCAAAACUGGGUCCCUGCCCUGCAGCGUGCAUGUGCUUGCUUUGUGCCUUUAGAGCUUUGUACCUUUAGAGGUUCCUGAAGGAUUUGGCCCUCGUGGUUUUGCACUGCACUGAAUCGCUUCUGGGAUAAAACGCUUUUGCAUGCGGGCAGCAGCUCCACUGCUCAGGUUGAAGGUUUGGAACAAAUGUGGAAAGAUGUUCACCUCAGAGAUAGGGGUUGUGGAAGAAUGGCUGUCAGAAUUUAAGACACUCCCAGAAACAUCUUUGCCAAAUUAUGCCACAAAUUUGAAAGACAAGAGUUCUUUAGUUUCAUCUCUCUAUAAAGUUAUCCAGGAGCCACAAAGUGAGUUACUGGAGCCUGUGUGUCACCAGCUCUUUGAGUUCUACCGCAGUGGGGAGGAGCAGCUGCUGCGGUUCACUCUGCAGUUCCUCCCAGAGCUGGUGUGGUGUUACCUCACUGUGUCGGCCGGCAGAAAUGUGCACAGCAGUGGCUGCGUUGAGGCUCUUCUUCUAGGGGUUUACAACCUGGAAAUAGUUGACAAGCACGGACAUAGUAAAGUAUUGAGUUUUACAAUUCCAUCUUUAUCCAAACCAUCAGUCUUUCAUGAACCUUCCAGCAUUGGGUCUAUGGCACUGACGGAGAGCGCGCUAUCCCAGCAUGGCUUAUCAAAAGUCAUAUACAGUGGUCCCCAUCCUCAACGGGAGAUGCUGACGGCACAGAACAGGUUUGAAGUGUUGACAUUCCUUCUGUUGUGUUACAAUGCUGCCUUAACCUACAUGCCCAGUGUUUCUCUGCAGUCACUGUGUCAGAUGUGUUCAAGAAUAUGUGUCUGUGGAUAUCCCCGACAACAUGUGAGAAAAUACAGAGGUGUGAGCAGCAGGAUACCGAUUUCAUCCGGCUUCAUGGUGCAGAUGCUAACAGGAGUGUAUUUUGCCAUAUACAAUGGAGAAUGGGACCUAGCUCAGAAAGCAUUGGAUGAUAUUAUAUACAGAGCCCAGCUAGAAUUAUACCCAGAGCCUCUGCUGGUUGCUAAUGCAAUAAAGGCUUCAUUGCCUCAUGGUGCCAUGAAAUCUAGUAAGGAAGGUACAAGGUGUAUUCAGGUGGAAAUCACACCAACCUCCUCUAGAAUAUCAAGAAAUGCAGUCACCAGCAUGUCAAUAAGAGGCCACAGGUGGAAAAGACAUGGAGAUACAGAAUUAACAGGUCAAGAAGAACUGAUGGACAUAACUGAAGUUGACGAGGGAUUUUAUUCCAGGGCUGCGUCUAGCACCAGCCAGUCGGGUCUAUCAAACAGUAGUCACAAUUGUAGUAACAAGACAAGUGUAGGGAAGAACCAGAGACGGUCGGGAGGAAGCAGAGCUGGAGCAAAAGAGAGAGAAGCUGCAGGGGAGUCUUGCAGAGAUCACUUUGCCAGAAAACAGACCCAGAGAGCCCAGAGCGAGAACCUUGAGCUUCUCUCUCUCAAGAGACUGACCCUAACCUCCAGCCAGUCCCUGCCCAAGCCCAGCAGCCACGGCUUGGCUAAGACUGCAGCCACUGUAUUUAGUAAGUCCUUUGAACAAGUCAGUGGUGUCCCAGUCCCACGUAGCCCUUCCCCUGCCAUUGGCUGUGUUGCUGGCGCAGAUGCCCAUAGAUUUUCUGCUUGUAGUCUCCAAGAAGAAAAGCUUAUUUAUGUGUCAGAGAGGACUGAACUCACAAUGAGGUGUCAAGCAGGCCAGCAGGGGCCUCCUAGUAUCAGCAUCACUCUGUCUGCAGAUUAACUUGUAACAUUUCUCUCCUAUACCCAGUGAAGCUGGCAAGAUGGCCUUGCUCCCUUAUGAGAGUACUGAGGCCUUCACGCCUGGGCCUGGCAGGAGCCUCGUGUCUUGAAUUCUGAAGGCUCUCCUUUGACUAUGAAGGGAAUGAUGUCUAGUGUAGUAAGCUGAGCUAUGACCUUGUUAUUUCUUGAGUACUCUUCUCCCCUUGGCUUAAGUUCUUUAUUCUUUUAUUCUCCUUUCCUGUUACUUGUUAUCGUUGGUUACAUCCUCGGGGAGGUUAUUUUUAAUACCUCAUUUUUUAGUGGUUGUGUAUUUGCCCUGGGAAGUCAAAGAGAGUCUCUGUGUGAGAGGACUGGGCUGUAGAGCCCAGGUAGAGGAGCAAGCCCAUGAAGCCAUAAUGCUAAACAGGCAUUUGAGAAAACAGAGCCAUGAGAGCAGUGGGGACUCUAAGUGCUGUGAUCACAUCAUGCUGAGGGUGGGACAGUUCACUCCACAGCACAAGGUGUCUGGCAGGACAGUUGCAAGUGGAAGCUGGGAGAAUUUCUGUGGCAGUCCUUAGAACAUUAAACAGCAAAACUGCGAUUGUUGGUAGAUGAUGAUCUGAAGUGUGUGAUCUGGAUUGGCAGGGUGAAGGUCCCUUUCCGUUUCUAAAGUGUAACCAGCCAAAAAGCUAUGGACUGUGCUGCUCAACUCUGGACAUCCCAGUUAGUUUGUAUUUUAGUGGUCAGAGCACACAUCACACAAGACUUCCUGAAGACCCCUAUAAAUCUUAGAGCACAGCUCCUGAGAUACAAAUAUGAAGUGUUUAAUAGUGAGUUGUCUGUGAAUGAAGGAAACUAGUUCAUUUUUCAUCCACAAAAUGUGAUGAAAGAAAAUACAGUAGAUGUGGACAGAGGACGCUUGUGCAUUAGCUUAGAGUUGCUUGUGUUUGUUCUUAAAUUUAACAUAAGAAAAAGAAUGUACUUGUUUGUGAGCUUUAAGUGUUCUUGUUAUGAUGUAGAAAGAAUUCAGCUACCACCCACUCCUGCCAACCAAGCACUAAGAAAUGUGGUAGGGCAGAAACUAAACUCUGUGUCCUCUAGAUGGACGCACAGGCCUGUGCCUGUGGUCUGCUCGGUUGGCUGACGCUCCUGUGAGGUGCAUGUGCUGUGGUACUAACUGGGGAAUGAGAGGAGCAGGGUCAGUGGGGAGGCCAGGGACACUGUCUACUUCUUGGCUUUAUUGACUUAGCACACUGAGGCCUCCUUACUCGUGGUCCCUCGCUGUGCUCACAGAACAUACUAGUGUUCCCCUCUCGAACCACAUGGAUCCAGCUCAUGUAGAUGAGAAAACUGCAUGUGUUGCAUAAUGCAAAGCAUUUUACACUUGAGAUACAGUUUUAAAUGCUUACCUCCUAGUUUAAACCUGAUUAUCCAAGGCCCAUGCUUUUUAGCAUAAAUGAGUUUAACAUUUUAGUUUCAGUAACAGAAGGAACUGCUGGCUUAAGUUGUCCUCAACAAUUUUAAGGUAACUAGACAGUAAAAUUGAUAAUUUACUUUAAUUUAAUACUAAUCUUGUAUACAGUUGAAAUGUUUGUAAAAUGCCACUGUGAAUUUCCUGUUGUCUUUUUGUAACUCCUUAAGAACUUUUCUUAAACAUAGUUACUAACAGUGUUGAUAUUAUUAAGAAGACAUUUAAAAGAUUGUCAUUAGGCAAGUUGAAGUGCUUGCUUAAGCAUAAAGUAAGUUUAAAGAAACAUUAGCUGGCACAGACAAGAGAUCAGAAUAAUGUUCAGCUACCAUAAUGAAACCUCAUUUUGAUAUUGUUGUAUCUAAAUUUGCUAUUUGUGUGGUCCAAAGACCAUUGGUGUCACCUUGUAUCUUAAUAAAACUUCAAAAUUUCAGGGGCAGACCUAGUCAAUCAAAGCUGACAUUUUAACAAGGUCCCCAGGGAUGCUCUUGUUCAUUUGUCUUUGUGAAGACAGUUUCAGAGUGCUAACUAUUUGUCUAUAAUGUAGGGUAGGGUCCUCAGUGGUCCCACAACCCUCAAGCACAGGUGUUAGAUGCUAGAUCGUCACAAUUGUCAUAGUUUUUGAUAACCAAGUAGCUUUUUAGUAACAUUGACAUGUGACUUCUUAGAGGCUCUAGUUUGAAAUUCCCACUUCUCACUUGUUUCUAUAACAAAAAUGUAGCAUGUUCUGCUUCUCUUGUUGGUCAUAAAUGAACUCAAUGCUGCAGAUGCUGCUGCAGGUUUUAAGUAGGAAAGCCCCUCCUUGUUCUAGAGCUGUUACAUGAGACACAGCACAGUUGCACAUGUCUGUCCUAACCGCUUACACAGUGGAGUGAGUCUGAAGCUUGUUCCAAAUGAUUUAUACCAGUAGAUUUUCUGAAGUGUGGAGCUAUGUGAACAAUAAAGUUCUUUUAUACUACUUUUGAUACUAUUUCAAGUAAGGAUUGUGUACAUUGGAGGCUUUCGUACCAGCUGCCAAAGCCGGAUGCUGUCGCCUGUGGCAACAGCUGUUCGAGUCACUCUUUCCUACUCAUCUUUCAAAAGUGAGAAGUUGUGUGGCUUUGUAGGUCAUGUUUCUAUAAAGAUGCUAAUACUGUAGGCAUCUUAUGGACCCAGGGGAAUAGCUUUUACCAAGAGGGUUCCACACAAAACUAGGGUCUGGCACCCCAUAGUUAGAUCUAGAUAGGGGGUUCUUGAAUUGACCCAACCCUUGCACUCCUGUGAAGCCAUGCCUGGCAUGAACCUCUGCAAUUCAAGUGAAGAGAGAAGCAGGGUAAACUUUUCCAAGGAUCCUGCCUGGGUGCUACCCUGCCUCUUCCAGGAGCCUCAGGAAAGCACCUUGUAAUGGCCAGGAAACUGCCUGAACUCUUUAAGUCCAUCUCUGUAAUACUGAAGAGCAGAAUUCCAGAACAACUGGUUUGUUUUGAAAAGGUAGUGUUUCAUUGCCCUUUCAAUUGUAAAGCAACAUCUCUACAAAUGUCACUUGGUUGUAAAAAGUUGAAUUAAAAGGAAAUAGGUCUUUAAAUCCAACUAGAUUUAAAAAAAAAAUAUUCCACUUUAAAGGGAUUUUGCCUAUUUUGAACUACCAUAGUUAGAAUGAUGAGUGGUAAAUUAUAGAGGAAAGUAAUAUCCUCUAAACCAUGAUUUUUAAGCAAAGAGUUAAGAGUAAGACAGCUUAUUGUUUCCAUCUGUAGACACAUUAAACCUCCAUAAAGGACAGCACCCUGAGGAAGCAUAUGUGAAAUAUUGUAACUGAGAAAUACUAAAACAUAAAAUGUUGGUACUAAGGCAUUGUAGAUAAAAAUCAAUGUAUAAUAGUGUCUUCCCAGCCCCUGAAUGAAAGGCUAAAACCCCAGUCCUUUAGUGAGCACGAGUUUGCACUUGCACGUUUGCUGCUGAGUGCUGGAACAUUGGGUAAUGGGGACGUGCGCUUUAGUACUGCUCAAGUCGUCACAGAGUGUGUCCUGUACUUUGUAACUUGCACAUAUCCAAGAAGACUGAGCGUGAACAACUUGAAGAUGUUUUGUGGUUUUGCGGUAGAGUGCUAGUGGACAUGGGCCUCAGUUGUAUUUUCUGGGCCCCGCACAGACCCGCACUGUCUGUCUUGUUGGAACUUGCCGUGUGCCUCUGGCCUUUCCUUCUGAUCAUGUGAUGCUCAACUCUUCUCACAAAUGCACUUGUCAUUGUAUCCCUAGCGUUUACAUUCCUAAGAAUAAACUUUGGAUGUUUUUAUGUGCUCUUUAUGUUUUUAAGAUAUGAAAUAAACUGGAAUUGAAUUCUUUGAA